AUGUCUCGUCGAAAUACAACACCAACAAAAUCAAGAGUGAAGCUUAGUAAUAAACCCAUUUUUCAUCUUCAAGAUAAAAAGGCAGAUGAAAAUGAAUUAUCUCUCGGUUUAAUAAAAUCUGCUAAGCGUACAGGACAGCUAAGUUUGUGUAACCGAGGAUUGGGUACAGUACCAGAAAAUGUCUGGAAUAUUAAUGAGUUGGUACUGGAUGAAACAAAAGAGGUAGAUUUUACUAGGAGUGAUCAAAAUAAUUGGUGGAAUGCUGAACCUUUAAAGAUGCUGGAUCUCAGUUCUAAUGUUAUCAGACGCAUAUCUCCAGAUAUUAAAUUAUUACCAGAACUUGUUACGUUAAAGCUUCACGACAAUGCUUUGACUGAGCUUCCAGCAGAGUUUGGUGACCUUAACAACCUAACAAAUUUGAGCUUAGAUCAUAAUAAACUUGAAGCAUUGCCAAAAGAGUUUUACAAACUCUCUGAACUGAGAUGGUUAAGCAUUUCUCACAAUUUGCUUAAAAAAAUUGAACCUGACUUUGGUGAUUUAGUGAUGUUAACUUUUUUGGACCUAUCACAUAACAAACUGACAUCAUUACCACCUGGAAUGGGAUACUUGGUGCGCUUGGUGGAAAUCAACCUGUCUCAUAACCAACUGAUAGAGCUACCACCUGACAUUGUUAAUCUUCGAGAUUUGAAAAAGCUGAACUUAAACAAUAAUAGUUUGAAGAAACUGCCUCCAUUAGGUGAAUUAAGGAAAAUGGAAAUUUUAGAUGCUAACCACAAUGAUAUUACGGAGCUUCCAGACUUCUAUGGAUGUACAGCUUUGAAAGAAAUAUAUAUUGCUAACAAUUUCAUCAAGGAAAUUACUGAAGAGUUCUGUGAUCAAAUGCAACAUUUAAAUGUGCUUAACAUCAGAGACAAUAAGUUAGAACUAUUGCCAGAGAACAUAUCACUUAUGCAGAAACUUAAAAGAUUUGAUUUUUCAAAUAACAAUUUAAACAAAUUACCAAGAAACCUAGGUCUCCUAUCUCAACUGCAAAGUAUAAGUAUGGAGGGUAACAAGUUGUCGUGUGUGCGACAGGACAUUAUUAGAGGGGGAACUGACAGGAUGAUGAAAUAUUUACGUGAUCGGAUGACUGAGGAAGCUGUGAAUGAAACUAGAGUCAAUGAAGCCAAUUGGCCUGACAAGUACACGAUGAAAAAAAGCCAAGCGUUAUUGUUGCCUUCAAGAGAACUCAUAACAGUACCAGAAGAUGUUUUCAUAGCAGCUGCUGACGCGGAAAUUCAUAUAGUUGAUGUGUCUAAGAAUAAACUGAAGUCUAUUCCAAAUGGGUUCCAUCAUGUACAAGAAAACUUAACCCAGUUGAUACUGUCUUCAAACUACAUCGAAAACAUUCCUCCCGAAAUUGGUGUCUGCAAACACUUACAGUAUUUAGAUUUGGGUAAAAAUUGUCUUAACGACUUGCCUGCUGAAAUAAGCGCCUUGAAAAACUUAAGGGAACUAGUCAUUUCUAAUAAUAAGUUUACACAAAUCCCUGUGUGUGUGUACGAACUGGAGAACUUAGAAAUAUUUUUAGUGGCGGAAAACAAAAUAGAAGAAAUAGACGCAUCAGAAAACGGGCUCGGGCGUCUGCGUCGCCUCGCCGUGCUCGACCUGCGCAACAACAGCCUGCGCGCCGUGCCGCCCGCGCUCGGCGCGCUCACGCAGCUGCGAUCUUUGGAGUUAAUGGGUAACUGUUUCCGCCAGCCCCGACACGCUAUACUCGCUAAAGGUACAGCUUCCAUUCUCUCCUACCUCAGGGACCGAAUGCCAUCUUAACGGUAGCAUCCUUAAAAAGUUAAAUUUUAUACCAGUGCUGCAGCUGUGCACAUCGUAAUGUCAGUGAUUGAAACAUGAAAACUAUUUAAAAUCAUUACUCAUAAGCCAUGGUGUGGACAGUAGACAUAAAUGGCCACAGCCAUGUAUUCGAAUAAUCGAUGACGCUAAUGUAAAAGUCAUGGUUGCUAGAUUUUUUUCUAUUACAAUAGACGUGUCAACAUA